AUGGCAUCAAGCGAACGAAAUAAAAAUCGUUUACCCAAGGAAGAAGUGAAGCGGAUUUUGCAACAACGAAAGAAAGAAUCCAAAAGACUCCAAAAGGAAAAAAGAGCCCGUCUGAUAGUGAAAAACCUGCCCUUCAAAGUGACGCAUGACAAGUUGAAGGAGCACUUCGAGCAAUAUGGGGUCGUGAAAUCCGUGGAAUUAUUAAAGAAAAACGAUGGUAAACUCAAAGGUUGCGGUUUCGUGCAGUUCGAACUCGUCCAGAAAGCUGCGAAAGCCAAACACCAUACGGACGGUAAAGAAUUUAUGGGUAGGGCUCUAUCCGUGGACUUUGCCAAAUCGAAGAAGAAAUACGAAGAAAUCUGCAAAGCCAAAGUAAAGGAAGAGAAGACCGAUGAAAACGUGGAGAUAAAAGAAGAAUGCGAUGUUUCUGUUAAAGACGAACCAAUCACUGAUUCAACUAACGAAGAUCAACCAGACGAGGAAGAUUCUAAAUCAGAUAAUGAAUUAGAGGAUGAAUCGAACGAUGAAGAUGCUUCUGAUGUUGAAAUGGAUGAAAAUAUUAAAGAAGAACACAAGCCACGUAUGGUUUCGAACGAUGUCACCGAAGGCAAAACUAUUUUCAUAAAAAACGUACCGUUCGAUGCCACUAACGACGAUUUGAAAAAAUGCAUGUGGCAAUUCGGUAGAGUUUAUUACGCGCUGAUUUGCAAGGACAAAUUAACGGAGCACCCGAAAGGGACAGCCUUCGUUAAAUUCAUUAAUAAAGAAGACGCCGAAAGCGCCCUCAACGCCGGCACAGAACUAAAACUACUCGGAAAUAUACUAGACUGUCAUCCAGCGUUAGAUAAAAAUUCUGUUAACAAAAAAGCCAAUGAGGCAAAAGACGACAAGAAACAAUCAAAAGACUCCAGGAAUUUAUACCUAGUUAAAGAAGGAGUUAUAUUGGCUGGAAAUCCCGCUUCCAGAGGCGUCUCGGCGUCCGACAUGGCGAAACGGCUUCAAAUAGAACAAUACAAGACACAAAUGCUGCGCAAUUUGAACAUGUUCGUGUCCAAAGAGAGAUUAGUAGUUCACAAUAUUCCCGCGAGCUGGGACGAUGGGAAAUUGCGGACGUUAUUCCAGAAAUACGCCGGCCCUCGAGCCGUGAUAAGAGAAGCGAGAGUGAUGAGAGACAUGAAAAGCGUGGAUGCCAAUGGAGUGGGAACAUCCAAAGAGUAUGGAUUUGUUACAUUCGCAAAGCACGAAGAUGCAUUAAAAGCGCUUAGAAGUUUAAAUAACAAUCCGGGGAUAUUUUCCGAGCAAAAGCGACCGAUAAUCACGUUCAGUAUAGAAAACAAAGCAAUCGUCAAAGCUAAACAGAAGAGAUUGGAUAAAUCCAAGCGUUCGAAUCCUACGCAUAAAAACUUCAAACCCGAUAACGAGCCUAGCGUUAAGAAUCAUAAGAAAAUCGAGAAAUUGACGAGGAAAAGUUUGAAGCAGAAGAAGAAGAGUGAAUCGAUCGAACAAUCGGAGGAUCUUCCGAAAUAUUCUGGGGUAGUUACGAAACCUGGAGUCAAAGAGAAAAUGAGGAGCAGGUAUAAGUUAAUGACGCAAGCUAAAUUACACCAGGAAAAUCUGAAGAAGGAGAAGCAAAAGAGGAAAAACGCUAAGAAGACGUUGAGUGAGAAACGCAAGGAAUUCACCAAGCAGCCCAAGCAGAAAAUCAACCGGGUCGUCGAAUCGGACAAUUUCUCGAAAUUAGUCAGUAAUUAUAAGAAAAAGUUAGUUAAUGUACCCGAAGGGAAAAAAUCUAAAUGGUAUGAUUAA